ACGAAAUUCGGCUUCAGUUCGGCCGCGUCUUUUGUGCCCUCGAGACCAGUCUGUUUAGCGACUUCAUCGUCAACACCAUCUAAUCACAGCAAUGGCCGAUCUUAAGCCCGCUGAGGUCGACAUGUGCAAAUUGCACUUCGAGAUCUACGACACCUUCGCUGAGGGCAAGAUGGACGCCGCCGACCUCGGCUCCCUCAUGAGGUCCCUCGACCUUCGCAUCACCGAGGCCAUGGUUGAGAAAGCUGGACAGACCAAGAACCGCGGUGAGAAGAAGCUGACCAUUGAGGAGGUCCUCCCCAUCUACUCCCAGCUCAAGAAGGAGAAGGACAUGGGAACGCUGAACGACUUCAUUGAGGGACUGAAGGUCUAUGACAAACUCGACAACGGAACCUUGAUGGCCGCUGAGUUGCAACACGUGCUCCUGUCUCUCGGUGAAGUCAUGACCGACAAAGAAGUCGAUGAGGUCAUGGCCUCCUGCGCCGGACCCCAGGACGAAGAAGGAUUCAUCAAAUACCAGCACUUCGCCAAGACCCUCCUCGCCGGACCCUACCCCGAGAAGAAGUAAACGCAACAAGUCAAUAUUCCUCACAACAUUCGAUCGGCGGAUACAAAGCAAGCAUAAAAGAAAUUUACCACCAACAAAAUGAUUACCACAACGUCAAUAGCAACCACGACUGUUAUAAUAUAACGACAACCGCAUGAUGUCGCGUAGACGAAUUCAACAAGAGCGACAACGUCUGCUGAAGAAAUCUUGCGGGGGCGUCCGACAACAAUGAAUGAAUCAUGUCCAGCAUCGAGGAGUCGUUCCGAUUGGAAGUCGCUGAAUGAAAGAAGAUAAUUAUGAUGAUGAUGAUGUCAACCAUGAAUGUAUUUCGUACGACUGCAAUUACAGCAACUCCGACGGGUUCUAUACCCCUCAUAUAUCCACGACAGCAACGACAGCUAUCAGAUCAACAACUGAAUAAGAUCAAGAACAUCAACAAGCACUGCAAGGUUACAUUAAGAACAGUAACCACAAGAACCUCUACAGCAAAAUUUUAUUUGAACAAAUAAUUUCACCUUGAUACUUUUUUCUCUGUUUCUUGAAGUACAUCCAUAAAUAUGAAACUGAGUAA